GCGCCCUCUCUCCUCCCUGUCGCCAGCCCCCGCCUCCUUUCUCGGGAAGCCUGGGUCUCCCCGGAGCCGGUCUGCCCCUGGGGGAAGCCUGCCGGCUGCGCGCCCUGCAGCUCGGCUGACAUUCCGGCGGAAGGAAGAGGGGCUCGGUGCCCCCCGCACGCACGUGUGCUAGCCCCGGCAGGAGGGAGCGCCUCCGCGGAGGAGUCCGGGAAGAGGGCGGGAGAAGCGCGCCAGAAUCGCGGUCCGGUCCCAGGCACCCAGGCCGGCCUCGGAGGAGCUGCAGCUUCCAACAGGUGGGCACAUCUCCCCGGCCAGGCCUGCCAGGAGCACUGCAUGCGGAGUCGGCUGCGGGCUAGGGCACGCUAACCAGAGUCGCAGACAUGGACUUCGUCAUGAAACAGGCCCUCGGAGGGGCCACCAAGGACAUGGGGAAAAUGCUGGGGGGCGAGGAGGAGAAGGACCCAGACGCGCAGAAGAAGGAGGAGGAGCGGCAGGAGGCACUGCGGCAGCAGGAGGAGGAGCGCAAGGCCAAGCACGCGCGCAUGGAGGCCGAGCGCGAGAAGGUCCGGCAGCAGAUCCGGGACAAGUACGGGCUGAAGAAGAAGGAAGAGAAGGAGGCCGAGGAGAAGGCAGCCCUGGAGCAGCCCUGCGAGGGCAGCCUGACGCGGCCCAAGAAGGCCAUCCCGGCAGGCUGCGGCGAGGAGGAGGAGGAGGAAGAGGAGAGCAUCCUGGACACGGUGCUCAAAUACCUGCCCGGGCCGCUGCAGGACAUGUUCAAGAAGUAACCAGACCUCCCGCCCGUCCCCACGCCACUCGUUCCUUUAUUUUUUUUUUUUAGUUCUUUCUCUCUCUCUCUCUCUCUUUUUUAUUCAGUUAAGUCUCAGUUCUGAUGGGAAAACCUCAGUUGGCCCCUGUCCCCUGUCCCUGGCCGGGGGCUCGUCCUCUCAGCACGCCCUCACACUCCCUCCAUCCCGGAGUACCCAGCCCCCACCUCGCACCCGAGUUGCUUGCGAAAAGAGAAGACAGCUUCUCCCCCCAGCAGGGGGCACUGUAUCCAGCGCAGCAGGCCCUGGGGGCCCUCCAGGAGCCUGAGGUCUGUGCUAGUGUGGCAACCCCCAUACAUUCCUUCACGCGCCCCACUGCCAGGAGGACCACUGUCCCCAGCCAGCCAAAGUAAUGAUACAUUCCAGCCCUGCCCAGCAUGCUGACCUUUGGCCUCUGAUCCCCAGGGGUCCUCCGGGUCAGGGCAGGGGCGCUGGGUGGCCUGGCUCUGAGGAAGGGAGUCAGGACCCUGCGAGGGCCCAGCCUGAGAGACCCCUCCUGUUCUGGGAAGGAGGCCGAGGCCCUUCUCCUUCCUCCCCGGUGACACAGCCCAGGAGCACCCUCCAGCCCCCACCAGACAGGGGUAGCCCCUGCCAAGCCAGUCCCUCCAAAUGGAUCCUCUUUGGACUUUAACUCAUCUCUGGAGGGGCCUGAAGUAGGGCUGCUCCUUGUUCCCCGCACCGCCCACUUAGGUCCUGGGGCCCCACUGCCAGUCUGGGCCCAGCCUGCCCAGCCAAGGGGCUGUCCAGGCCCCCAGAAAACACUUGGAGCCAUUGGGCAGCAAUGGCCCAUGCCAUGGGACCCCCCCAUUGGUGCAGCCACGCUGCCCCCAUUCCUAUCCACCCCCCUUCCUCACCUUGUCCUGUCCAUGUGCUUCCAGGACCCCAUGGUCCCCUGGAGGACCCUUCCUGGCUAAAGCCCCAAGCCUUUGGGGGGAAGCCAGUCCCCACUUGACAGAAAGCAUCUGUCCAUUCAUGUCAUCGGCCAAGAACAAACUCUCCUCUGGGAUGUGUGAGGCUGGUGAUUGUCUCUCCUACCCCGAAUCACCACGGCCUCUUGCUCGCUUACUUGAGUAAGACCCGGAUGGCCAUGGAGCCAUGAGGGGGAAGUGUGUGUCCAUGUGGGCGUGGGUAUGUAUGGCAGAGGCUGCAUCACAGUUAUGUGUCCAGAGACUGUACAUAUAGGUGUACAUACUCUAGCCAUGUUAGAGUAUGCAUGUGUCUUGAGAUUGUGUUUGUGUGUUAGUCAUCAUCCCUGUGUUAGAGACUGUGUUUGCUGGGCAGCCUGUGUGUGUGUGUGUGUGUGUGUGUUGGAGGUGGUGUGUAUGAGUUGAGAUUGUGCCACAUGUGUGUGCUAGCCAUCUCAUACAUGUGGGAGAGCUUGCAUGUGUUCGCUUGUAUUUGCAUGGGUUUUCAAAAUGGCAUGUGUGUCAGGGGUGAUGGGUCUGUGUUAGAGGUUGUGGAAAGGUGUGCCUGAGAGUUGUCAGACGCGCCAAGACUGCUGUGUGUAUUUAUGCGGCUCUGAAAAGGCAGCGGUGUGCACAGCGUGGUCUUGGGGAGCAGGAAUAUGGGUAAGAGGCCCCUCUCGGCCCCAAAACCGCUGGUCACAAGCAGCCACAUCCAACAGGAGACCUUGUCCUUGGCCUAGAAUCCUCCCGCCCUUGGAGGGCUCCUGUCUGAGGGCUCAGCAGUCCGCUGGGACCAACUCAGGCAGAGCCCCAAGAAGCCAUGCUGGGCCCCAGCCAGGGCCUACCCCCAAAGCAGGGGCCAGGGAAGGGGCGACUUGCCUGCCCCUGAUGCCCUGCCCCAUUGGCCCCAGUUUGCAUUCUGCAGGUUUUCCAUUUUAGUGGACUUACGCUUUUAUUUCAGAGAGAGACAUGUGUCUUCUCUGUCCGUUUCCAAUAGUUAAAGCCAUAUCAGUUAGACUGCAAUACUUUAAAGACGAGACAAAACAAUCCAUAUGUUUAGGGAACCAGAAAAGUCCCCUGGUCUGUCCCUUCUCUGGGGAGCAGGGCCUCAAGAGCCCCACUGCCUGGACUUGCCCUUCUCCCCCACCCCCGCCCCUUCCCCUGUGCCCCGGUGUCCUGCCCCCCACGGGGCCUAUGUCUGUGUCUGUGCCUGCGUCUGUGAUGGGGAGCCACCUUGCACCCCUGUUGUCUGCUUGUCUGUUCAUGUCUGUUAUCCUGGGCAGAAUGGUCAUCCUCCAGAGCCUUGGGGUCCCGGAGCAGAGACAGGCAGGGCCCGGUCCAGGAGCCCCAGGCCUACCCAGACCCUGUGUGUGAGCCCCACCGGACACGGUGGAUCCCCGGUGUUAGGAAGGCCUCCCCCUCGACAGGGGCCCAAAGGCUCUGAAGGUGGGGCCGAGGCACAGAGCAGCUGGAUGAACAGCAGAGACUGAGGCCUCGGCAGCUUCAGAUACGCGGGGGCACCCAGCCAUACUAGACAUCCCAGGCGGGUCUGAGGGCCCCUGACCCUCAGAGGGCGUCCCUGGUGCUCUCCGAAAGCCCCCUGUGUCCUCGGGGCUGUUUCCCCCCGCAGGAAAGCGCCCUCCAGGAUGGCUGGCGUAGUCUGGCGUACUCCCCAGACUCUCCAGACUCCACAGCCUGCUCCAAGCAGCAGGGCUGGAGGGCUUCCUGGAGGCAGGAGCAGGGGGCGGAUUUCAGCCUGGGGCACACCUGGCUCUAACCACUGCCAGGUGAUCACUCUCAGGUGCAGGGGAACGUGAGGACUGUCACUCCUGACCCAGACCUGCCUCUGGAGAGCGGCCGAUGUGCAGCGCGCUCACGGGGUUGGGGGGGGCGGGGGACAACACGUGGGGGUCGGACUCCACAGGGCAGGGAUAGUCACGUGACGUGCCGGGGGCAGGGGGUGUGUGUGGCCUGCUAGAUGGGAGGGGGAUGAGUUUGUCACAUAUGAAUGGGACAGUGUGCAUGUGACACGCUAGGGAGGCAGGGCACGGAGGGAGAGGCCCCUGAAUCGGCACACACCCGACAUACAUGGGAGGCAUCCCCCGGCCAGGGAAAUAGGAGGAGCAGUCCUUGUCAACGGUGAGAACAGGGUGAAAUGCAAGGGCGCGCGCUGCCCACGGUGGGUACGUGUCUUGCCAAGGAAGGCCACUGCCGUGCUGUGCGCCUGGAAGGCCACUACCCGAGGGAAGGGACCGGGCCCCUCUGGACCAGCCACACUGGGCACUUGAGACAGGCGAGGACGCCUCCACGAGGAGCUCCUGCUGGGGGGUCCUUACCAGCAGAGCUCCGUGUGGUCUCCUCCGAAAGCAAGCAGGAAGUCAAGAGACCCUCCCAGGGGUGUGUGUGUGUGUGUGUAGACAGAAAGGAAAGGAAGAAGAGAGGAAGGAAGGAAGGAAGGGAGAGAGGGAGGGAGGAAAGGGAGAGAGAAAGAGGAAGGAAAAGGGGAGAGAGAGGCAGAGAACAGACGUAUUUCAGCCCAGGGCCAGCAUGUGGCAGAGACGCCGCCCCGAAGGCCGGUGGCUAGAGUGUGAGGAGACGGGCCACCAGUCUGAGAGCCCCCAGCACCCAGCUGGCAGGGCUGCUGACCCCCACCACCCAACUGCUCCACCCUUCUAGGGCCCCGCGGGCCCUUGACUGCACAGGGGGUCUGGGCCCAGCUGGCUCAGAUGAGGGGACAUCUCCCAGGCCUGAGGACAAGCCUCCCGCCGCGUGUCCCCUGCUCCCCUCUCUGUAACCCUUCGUGGGGCAGAGACGGGAGGUGCUCGUGCUGGCCCUGGGGUGCGGGUGGGGGUCCCGGAGAGACCCGGGCGAGGAUGACCAUCCUGCUCACGCGGGGGUAUCCUUUCUCCACAUCUGUGCCGUGUCCUUGUUGCUCUGCUUCCUUUAAACGUGUCAGUGCCUGGGGGAGGGGAGGGGCACCCCUCAUGCCCCCCUGAACCUGACCAAAAGCCAUGGCUGUCGCUCCCCCUUUGUAUGACGCAGACGCUAACAUGUACCAACCCAACCGUGACAACAAAGACCUUGUGCAGCAGCC